UCCCCUCACAAACCUAUCUCAGAGAGGGUUUGUUUCCCACUAGAAAGAAUUCGUAAAAUCUUAGGUCUGCUGCAUAUCGAAUUUAGGUUUUCUUUUUGGUCUUUGCACAGAUCGAAAUUAGGGCUUUUUUAUUUGCCGCAUAUCGAAAUUAGGGUUUUUGAUCGAGAGAGGGAAGGGAGAAGAUGUUCGGGCGAGCGCCGAAGAAGAGCGAUAACACAAGGUACUAUGAGAUCCUCGGAGUGUCGAACACAGCGUCGCAGGAUGAUCUGAAGAAGGCUUACAAGAAGGCGGCGAUGAAGAACCAUCCUGACAAGGGCGGGGAUCCCGAAAUGUUCAAAGAGUUAGCUCAAGCUUAUGAGGUUCUCAGUGAUCCUGAGAAACGUGAAAUAUAUGAUCAGUAUGGAGAGGAUGCACUGAAAGAAGGAAUGGGUGGAGGAGCUGGAGGCCAUGACCCAUUUGAUAUUUUCCAGUCAUUCUUCGGUGGCAAUCCCUUUGGAGGUGGGAGCAGCCGAGGUGGCCGGAGGCAGAGGAGAGGAGAGGAUGUGAUUCAUCCACUCAAGGUUUCUCUAGAGGAACUGUACAACGGAACAUCUAAGAAGCUUUCACUCUCUCGAAAUGUAAUCUGUUCCAAGUGCAAGGGCAAAGGGUCGAAAUCAGGCGCUUCCAUGAAGUGUGCAGGUUGUCAAGGCUCUGGCAUGAAGGUCUCUAUAAGGCACUUGGGUCCAUCGAUGAUCCAACAGAUGCAGCACCCUUGCAAUGAGUGCAAGGGAACUGGAGAAACCAUCAAUGACAAGGACAGGUGCCCACAGUGCAAAGGUGAGAAGGUUGUUCAGGAGAAGAAAGUUCUGGAAGUCAUUGUGGAGAAAGGAAUGCAGAACGGCCAGAAGAUAACCUUCCCUGGAGAGGCUGAUGAGGCGCCAGAGACCAUCACAGGGGACAUUGUAUUUGUGCUGCAGCAAAAAGAGCAUCCCAAGUUCAAGAGAAAGGGCGAUGAUCUGUUUGUGGAGCAUACCUUGUCUCUGACUGAGUCACUCUGCGGCUUCCAGUUUGUAUUGACCCACCUGGAUAACAGACAACUGCUGAUCAAAUCAAACCCUGGGGAGGUUGUCAAGCCUGAUCAAUUCAAGGCGAUCAAUGAUGAAGGGAUGCCAAUGUACCAGCGGCCCUUCAUGAAGGGGAAGCUCUACAUCCAUUUCUCUGUUGAUUUCCCUGAAUCGCUCACCCCAGACCAGUGUAAAGCUCUAGAGAGUGUCCUUCCUCCGAGGACCUCGGCCCAGUUGACAGACAUGGAGCUGGAUGAGUGCGAGGAGACAACCCUCCAUGAUGUCAACAUUGAGGAGGAGAUGCGCAGGAAGCAGCAGGCCCAAGCGCAGGAGGCUUAUGAUGAGGAUGAGGACAUGCCAGGCGGUGCCCAGAGGGUGCAGUGCGCCCAGCAAUGAGCAGAUGAAGGGAGAAGGAAAUUUCUACGAUCAUGAUCUGCUAUAACAAUGAGCAGAGGGUGCAGUGGUACGACCAAUUGCUACUUGGCAGGCUUCUAGUGUAGGUAUAGGAUAUAUAAUGCGUCUUGGACGUAUGAUUCUCUAUGCAUUUUUACUUGUUUAUGUAUUUGAUGAGCCUGCAUGGAUUCUGUUUUUAUUUUUUCUGGAGCCAUAUGAUUUUAUUUUUUGACUCAUGUCGAACUAGAAAUUUGAAGUGAUUUAAUUUACAAGAUGUAGAUGUGAGUUCACAAUC